UCACGGCUGUUCCGCUCUCUCUUCCGCAGGAACGGGGUGAACGUCGAAGGAGCGACGCACAAGCAAGUGGUGGACCUGAUCCGCGCGGGAGAGAAGGAGCUGAUCCUGACGGUGCUGUCCGUGCCUCCCCACGAGGCGGAUAAUCUGGAUCCCGGCGAUGACUCUCUGGGCCAGUCCUUCUACGACUACACGGAGAAACAGGCUGUGCCCAUCUCCAUCCCCACCUACAAGCACGUGGAGCAGAACGGCGAGAAGUUCGUGGUCUACAACGUGUACAUGGCGGGCCGCCAGCUCUGCUCGAAGCGGUACCGGGAGUUUGCCAUCCUACACCAGAACCUGAAACGGGAAUUUGCCAACUUCACUUUUCCGCGUCUCCCGGGCAAGUGGCCGUUCUCUUUGUCGGAGCAGCAGCUGGACGCGCGGCGGCGAGGGCUGGAGGAGUACCUGGAGAAAGUGUGUUCGAUACGCGUCAUCGGGGAGAGCGACAUCAUGCAGGAGUUCCUGUCGGAGUCGGACGAGAAUUACAACGGCGUCUCGGACGUGGAGCUGCGGGUGGCGUUGCCGGACAUAACCACGGUGACAGUCAGGGUCAAAAAGAACAGCACUACGGACCAGGUGUACCAGGCCGUGGCUGCCAAGGUGGGAAUGGACAGUAUUACUGCAAACUACUUCGCCUUGUUCGAAGUGAUCAACCACUCCUUCGUGCGCAAACUGGCGCCCAACGAAUUCCCCCACAAACUCUACGUGCAGAACUACACCUCGGCGGUGCCGGGAACGUGCCUGACCAUCCGAAAAUGGCUCUUCACUACAGAGGAGGAGAUUCUUCUCAAUGACAACGACCUGGCAGUCACCUACUUCUUCCAUCAGGCUGUUGAUGAUGUCAAGAAAGGCUACAUCAAAGCAGAGGAGAAGUCCUACCAGUUACAGAAGCUGUGUGAGCAGAGGAAGAUGGUCAUG